GCCUCUCCCUCAGUCUUCACAAGUUUCUUCAAUCCAGAACCAGGAAUCUCGACCAGCAAAGAAACUGUCCGCAGCAAUGGCCUCCACCAUGAUGGCGAAGACCUUCCUCGGCGCCAGCCUCGCAAAGGCUGUGCCCACCUCCGGCAAGGGCACCAAGCAGGUGACCCGCGCCGCCAUCGAGUUCUACGGACCCAACCGCGCUGGGUACCUGGGCCCCUUCACCAAGUCUCCCUCAUACCUCAACGGCGAGUACCCCGGUGACUACGGCUGGGACACAGCCGGCCUCUCAGCCGAUCCCGAGACCUUCGCCAGGUAUCGCGAGAUCGAGGUGAUCCACGCGCGGUGGGCCAUGCUCGGAGCCCUGGGCUGCGUGACCCCAGAGCUGCUGGCCAAGAACGGCGUCUCCUUUGGCGAGGCCGUCUGGUGGAAGGCUGGCUCCCAGAUCUUCGCCCCUGGUGGCCUGGACUACCUCGGCAACCCCUCCCUCAUCCACGCCCAGUCCAUCAUCGCCAUCGUCUUCUCCCAGGUGCUGCUGAUGGGUCUGAUCGAGGGAUACCGUGUGAACGGCGGCCCGGCCGGUGAGGGUCUGGACGCGCUCUACCCUGGUGAGGCAUUCGACCCCCUCGGACUCGCCGACGACCCCGACACCUUCGCCGAGCUCAGGGUCAAGGAGAUCAAGAACGGCCGUCUCGCCAUGUUCUCCAUGUUCGGAUUCUUCGUGCAGGCCAUCGUCACCGGCAAGGGCCCCAUUGAGAACCUGGCCGACCACUUGGCCAACCCCUCUGUGAACAACGGCUUUGCCGCCGCCACCAAGUUCGUGCCCUCAUAAGCGGCUGACUGGACUCUCUGAGAGGUUUUGUCAUGCAGCUGUUUUGUCUGAACCGUCCCUGUCUUCUGACGCCCUGGUCUGAGGGUUUUUGGUUUUGCAUGUGAGGAAAGAAUUGAUCCAUUCUUUGUGAGGUGUAUACAUUCAUCAAUGUACCAUGAUGUGAUGCCUUACAAGCAAGUCUAUUGCUGGUGCAACACGAGAAGAAUUUUGUGCGGAGAUAUGCUGUAAAUGAAGAAGUUGAAGC